CCACAGGCGUUGUAACUAAUUGUGAAGUUGGAACGGAGAGGCGGGAAGCGCGACGAGAUUGUUGCGUUUGCGUCGCGAGCUCUUCUUACUAGCCAUUCUCUCUUCGCAGUGUACACUACGGGAGCUUGGAAGUUCCUUGCCUCUGAAGCCAGUGUCUGUGCGUGCGUGUGAUUUUAAUUACAUACAUCGUUUUAAUUCUGCGCUGCAUCCAAGUGAGGCGGUCAUCCAAGAACACCACUACUUGCUACUUAUGUUCCCGUGACUACACUCGCAGGCGAGCUGCCACAGGGCUGUAAGGAAGCGGCCUAAACAAUGGACUUCACUCAGAUGAAGACCGCAACGUGCGGAGCAGUUCUCGUUGUGCUCACGAUUGCCUUCCAAAAUGCAGCAGCCAUUGACCGGAGGCCCGUGUACAACAUCGCCCACAUGGUGAACUCCAUCGCCAAGCUGGACGAAGCCAUGGAGGACGGCGCGAACUCGGUCGAAGCGGACGUCAGCUUUGCGGACAACGGCACAGCGACCAGGCUCUUCCAUGGCGUGCCGUGCGACUGCUUCAGGGCGUGCGACAUGGAAGAGGAGGUGCCUCGUUUCCUGCAGUACGUCCGCAAAACUACCACUGGCCGUGGAGCAAAGUACAGCGAUCGACUAGCCCUGCUCUUCUUGGAUCUAAAGGUAGGCAACGUCGAAGAAAAAGAAAAAUACCGGGCAGGCGUUGACAUCGGGCGAAAGCUUCUUCGUGACCUCUGGUACAAAGUUCCUACGUGGCAAGCGGUGAACGUCCUGCUCUCCGUUCCCAGCGUCUCCGACAAAGAAGUAUUGCGAGGGGCAAUCCACACCGUUUCACGUUUCGCUCCGAUCAUGCUGGACAAGAUAGGGUUCGAUAUCAGUAACAACGACAAGCUGGACACCAUCCGGAGUCUGUACACAGACCUGGGUAUACAAGGCCACCGCUGGCAAGGCGACGGCAUCUCAAACUGCCUGUCUUACCUGCGACCAACCGCGAGGAUUCAGGACGUCAUCGAUAACCGCGAUUCUGAGGAAGUUGGCCGCUACGUUGAGAAGGCCUACCAGUGGACGGUCGACCUGCCGAAGCAGAUUCGUCGCUCACUCAGGAGGGGCGUGGAUGGCAUAAUCACGAAUAGGCCUCAGCGCUUAGCGAGGAUCAUGCAGGAAGGCGAAUUCAACACCACCCUGCGACCUGCCAAUGUCGCUGACAGUCCCUGGACUCGCUUCGGUGGUCUGUCCCCGUUUCCAAGGCUGCCGUCGACUGAUAUGGACUAUCUAGGGGAUGACGACUUCCCCCGGUUUCGGUGACUGCAGUGUGGGGCCAGCAUUGCUGGCGUGACCGUGAAUAUCUCUAAACUAAACUCAAUCACCUGACAAAAAGACUUGCUCAAACUGUAAGAAACCGUGGCAGUAUAAUGCAUUUCUUAUAGGAAAAACCUAAUUAGUAUUCUAGCGCUUCUUAUAGCGCAUAGGUGGAGUGAAAGCUGCCAAACAUAUUUCUUUAUUAUCCACAGACAAAA